AUGGAUAAGGUUAUGUUUACAAGUGUCAUAGCUUUUAAUAAAUUGCUAAAAACAAGUCAUGAAAAUACAAAAAUUUCAAUUAAAUUUCUACAUACACAAUUUCAAGUUCUUUUUUCAAAAAAGAAUGACACAAACGAAAGUCCAAGAAUGCGCGAAUUUAGAAAAAAAUUAAGAGAACGUACCCCUAUAGAGAAGCUGGAAGAACUGGAAGAAGGUAAACAUCCUUAUCAAGAAAAAGAGCCAUUGAAACCAUUUCCAAAUAAUACUAAUCCAGAAACAGGCGAAGUAGGAGGUCCACGUGGACCAGAACCAACACGAUAUGGUGAUUGGGAAAGGAAAGGUCGUGUAACAGAUUUUUAAAUAUAUUUAGUGUACAUAAAAAGUAUAGUGUCUAUAGAAGUGUAUAUAGAUAAAAUAGUGUAUACAAAUAAAAACAUAACUAUGCAAGUAUAAAAAUAAAAUUUAAAAAAAACGUGUAUAAUAUAAUAAU